CGCCGCGGGGGCUGUCCUGGGCGCUAUCGGUACCUGCCUCGUGGGUUGUCUGGUAGUUUCUCGUCUGCACAGAGACGGGCGUUCGCCUCUCUGCAUCGCUUCCAUCAUCCUCAAGAGCAUCCCGUUAGGGGAGUAGCCAUGAUGCACUGGGGAUACGAUGAGGACAACGGGCCUUCUCGCUGGAAGGAAAUUUUCCCUGUUGCUAAUGGAGACCGUCAAUCUCCCAUUGAUAUCCAAACUCAGGAGACCAAAUAUGACCCCACUCUGCAUCCUCUCUGUCCUAACUAUGAUCCUACCUCUGCUAAAGUCAUACUCAACAAUGGACAUUCCACCAGUGUGGAAUUCGAUGACACUGAAAAUAAAUCAGUGCUGAGUGGGGGUCCACUCUCUGGAAAUUACAGGCUGCGACAAAUUCACUUCCAUUGGGGACCCAGUGAUGACAUUGGCUCUGAGCAUGCAGUGGAUGGAACGAAAUUCGCAGCAGAGCUUCACGUGGUGCAUUGGAAUGCAGACAAAUACCCCAGUUUUGUGGAGGCUGCUCGCCAAGCUGAUGGAUUAGCUGUCAUGGCUGUUUUCUUAAAGGUGGGUGAAUGCAAUUCACAGCUGAAGAAAAUCACGGACCAUUUGGAUGCCAUCAAAGUUAAGGGUAAGCAGCACAGGUUUACCAACUUUGAUCCUUCCUGCCUGCUCCCUCAUUCUCUGGACUACUGGACUUACCUUGGCUCUCUCACUGUUCCUCCCCUUCUUGAAAGUGUCAUCUGGAUCAUUCUCAGAGAGCCAAUAAGUGUUUGCUCUGAGCAGCUUGCCAAAUUUCGCAACCUUCUCUGUACCGGUGAGGGAGAGACUGCCUUCUGCAUGCUGAAAAACUUUAGGCCACCACAGCCUUUAAGGGGCCGGGAAGUGAGAAGAAAUUAAAGGAGAGAAAAAGCAAGGAUAGUUCAUAGCAAUGGCUGAUACUAUUUAGGAAGCAGAACUGAUUUUAAUAGGCUAUCUUAUGUUGUUUUAAUGAAUUGUUUUUCUAAAAAUAGGAUGCAGUCUAAUUAGGACAGGAUUCCAUUAAUGGGAAGCAUUUUUAAGUCUUAGGCAUUUUGAAGGAGAUAUCAGCACAUGCUUUAACUGUCCAACUGAAAUUAAUAGGCCUUAAAAUACUUAAGAUUUCCUGGAUUGUGCCCCUAAAUUUUAGCAUACAAGUCAUAUUUUUGCUCAGUUAUUUUAAUUAAUGGAUACUGUUUUGUUGCUGUUUACUAUGGUAGAUAGGCACUCAUUACUUAAUAUGAAGAAUAGAAUUGAUAUUGUAGUAAAUACGAUUAGGUACUAUGUAUUGUAUUGUGGUUGAUUAAGAUACAGUCAGAAUAGCAAAAUUAGAGUUGUUCAGACCUGUAGCAGUUGAGCCAAUGUUGUGUUUAGUGGCCUGAUCCAAUUUCACAUCCUACUUGAAAGCACUGUAAUGUGUUAGGUAUGGUGAUGCUGUCUUAACUGAUGUCUGUCCAAUCAAGGUGAGAAUGUUAAUUAUGGGAUGGCCUGCCUAAGGGAGAGGCUAGACCGGAUUUUCCAUUUGGGUCCCUUUCAACUUGCUUAGGAUUCCAACUGGUUUGUUCCAUAUAAUCCUAGGAAUUGUAGUUCUGCAAACAGCUAAUAAGAGAUUCUUAGCCUUCUGACAGAAUGGCAGUUCUGAGCAUUUUUUGGAGGAAGCCAUAGUAGUUUAAACAAAGUGGUUCAAUCCUAUUUAAAUGCAUAGUAUAGACAUAAUGGGAUUUGACCACUGACAAUCUCAAAUUUGUUUUAAACCCAUUAUGCCAAACAUUCUCCACAAGUUCCCUGAUCCUUCCUCCCCUCCACAAAUUUGAAAGAAAAGUGGGCUAAGUUUUUUUUCCUAUUGUUGCUAGAUACUAUAGGUAGAUAAUAAGUAUGAUUUAGGUAUGAUUUAGAUAAUUGGGAAUAUUCACUUUUCUCAAAAUUUGCCCUCUCCUUAGAAUUCCUGUAGAGCUGCCUCAUUUGCUUUAACACCUUAAGCCUUAAAAAUGGAAUUGGAACCUUUUAAAAAAAGUGCCUUGAAGACGUAGCAACCUCUAGUGGCCAUAGUUGCACUCUACAGGCAGAAAUUAUGCCAUUGCUCUAGUCUGGACAGAAAACAAUAACUGGGUCUCAUUUUAAAAGAGAACUAAGGCUUGGAAAAGUUACUUUUUUGAACUACAACUCCCAUCAGCCCCAGCCAGUAUGGCCACUGGAUUGGGCUGAUGGGAGUUGUAGUUCAAAAAAGUAACUUUUCCAAGCUCUGAAAGGCCCAAUUAUAUAUAACAAUGAGAUGGGUGACCCGUGUCUUCCUGGUAUCAAAUAUUUUUGGGGGUAAUUUGGGCCUGAGAACUUGCCUCACUGGGUAUUGGCAAGAUAUAUCUACAUGUUAAGCUAAUUACAAAAAUGAACAUGUGCAUGUGUAUAUGUGAGGAUGUUGAUGAUACUUUGUCUAUGGCGAAUUUCCAUAUAUAUAUAUAUAUAUAUAUAUAUAUUCAAUCUAGAGUUGUACCUGAUACUUUCAUGUUAUCUGAAUGUCUGCUUAAAAGAUUCUAAAUAAGUUAUUUGUGUUGAGGCAGGAAACAGCAUCGCUGACGUGACUGUUGCUUGUUCUGAUAUUAGAAUGGGGCGGGGAGAGAAAUAUGUUCUAAUUUAUUAGGAAUAAAUUGAGUUUAUUUUGCAACUUUAUAUUUAUGAAGUAAAAUAAAAGCAAGUGAGACAAAUGUUUGUACUUUCCA